ACCCGAAUCCGAUUCAGGUGGCGGAUAGACGAAGGUAGCUCUUUGCCUGCCGAAUGGCGUAGGGAACCCGUCGUCGUCUGUCUCCUCUGCUCCCUUCGGCCUCACCCUCCUCGACCUUCUCCUACGGAGCUAACAUGUUGCUGUCUCCCUCUCCCCAACUCGCUUGCCGCUACUCCUUCUCGGUCUCUGGCAGAUCGUUGCUUCGGCCGGCGGCGUUUCCCGCCGUCUCUCGCCUGCGGUCAUUUCUCCUCAUCCAUCGCUCCCUGCGAGUGAGAGCGGUAGCUUCCACUGAGCAAGAUGUGGCAGGGUUUGAUGAGAUGGCUGCUGGUACUAAGAGAAAAUACUACAUGCUUGGGGGUAAAGGGGGUGUAGGAAAGACGAGCUGUGCGGCUUCUCUAGCUGUUAAGUUCGCCAAUAAUGGUCAUCCCACCAUUGUCGUGUCUACAGAUCCUGCUCAUUCAUUAAGCGAUUCAUUUGCACAGGAUUUGAGUGGAGGAACCUUGAUGCCUGUGGAUGGGCUGGAUGGACCAUUGUUUGCACUUGAAAUAAAUCCUGAGAAAGCAAGGGAAGAAUUUCGUUCUGCAAAUAAAACAAGUGGAAGUUCAGGGGUUAAGGAUUUUAUGGAUAGUAUGGGUCUUGGAAUGCUUGUUGAACAGCUAGGAGAGCUUAAACUAGGAGAGUUGUUGGACACUCCCCCUCCAGGAUUAGAUGAAGCUAUUGCAAUUUCAAAGGUUAUGCAAUUUGUUGAAGCACCAGAAUACAAUAGUUUCAGCCGUAUUGUUUUUGAUACUGCUCCAACAGGCCAUACUCUUCGGUUGUUAUCCUUGCCAGACUUUUUGGAUGCUUCAAUUGGCAAAAUUUUGAAGCUAAGGGAAAAGAUAUCUUCGGCAACAUCGGCUAUUAAAUCUGUUUUUGGACAAGAAGAACCAAAGCAGGAUGCUGCUGAUAAACUUAAGCAACUAAGGGAGAGGAUGAUAAAAGUGCGGGAGCUUUUCCGUGACACUGAAUCAACUGAAUUCGUUAUCGUCACAAUCCCAACAGUCAUGGCCGUCAGCGAGUCAUCAAGACUGCGUGCUUCAUUGAAGAAAGAAAAUGUACCAGUCAAGAGGCUUGUCGUCAAUCAGGUUCUCCCACCAUCUGCUGUUGAUUGCAAGUUUUGUGCCAUGAAAAGGAAGGAUCAAAUGCGUGCGCUUGAAAUGAUCUAUAAUGAUCCCGAGCUGCUAGGAUUGAAGUUAAUCCAAGCACCGCUGGUUGAUGUGGAAAUCAGAGGUGUUCCUGCCCUAAGGUUUAUGGGGGACAUAGUAUGGAAAUGAUCACAUAUUCGAACUGUGGAUUUCGUCCUAGCGCAACAUCAUGUUACUAAGCAGCAAAGCCAUCGCUUCAUGGAUGCCAAUCGAAGUCUAUGAAGAAUACCAGAAAUCCAUGGUGGCAUUUUAUGUACCUCACAUGAGAUAGAGAUUCAAACCUUGUUGAAGAAUACCCCCAACCCUCACUUUUUGCCCUUCCUCGAAACAAGUUUAUAAGGACAUAAAUAUAUAUUGCCUUUGUGGUGCAACUGAUUAGCACAUUCGAAGGUUUAUCAACUCGGAGAAAAAGAGAAUCUCAUUUUUCAUUUUGUUUA